AUGGAAGCUUCGUUGAAACUACAUGUUGAAUCUGGCACAAAACUCUCUAAUCCAGGUGUAUAUAGAAGGCUUAUAGGGAGGCUCUUGUAUUUAACCAUUUCUAGACCAGAUAUUAGCUACACUAGUCACAAAUUGGGUCAGUUUAUCUUUGAUCCUCAUUCUGGUCACAUGGAUGCUGCUCAUAUGCUAUUAAGAUAUCUUAAACACACUGUUGGUCGAGGAAUUUUAUUCAAGACCAAUUCUGACACUAAACUUCAUGCAUAUUUGGAUGCAGAUUGGGGCUCCUACAUUGAUAGUAGAAGAUCCACCACCGGUUUCUGUGUUUUCCUUGGAAAUUCUCUUGUUUCCUGGAAAGCUAAGCGGCAUAAUACUGUUAGCAAAUCCUCAGCAAAAGUAGAAUACAGAUCUCUAGCAUCUGCUGCUAUCCACAUUGCUUCUAACCACACAUAUCAUGAAAGAACUAAACACCUUGAAAUUGAUCUUCAUUAUGUCAAGGAACAAGUGGACAAAGGUGCUCUCAAGUUAAUCCGUGUCAGAAAGCAUCAUCAGCUAGCUGAUAUCUUCACUAAGUCCUUACCCUGUACUGCGUUUCUUAACAUAUUGUCCAAGCUGGGAGUUGAGAACAUAUUCCUCCCAUCUUGA